AUGGUCCAACUGGAGGACCUGGAGCAUCAACUGGCUCUGCCUUACCAGCUACCGGAUCUAAUGGCCCAUCUGGAGGACCUGCAGCAACAACUGGCUCUGCAGUUCCAGCCACUGGAUCUAAUAGCCCAUCUGGAGGACCUGGAGCAACAACUGGCUCUGCAGUACCAGCCACUGGAUCUAAUGGCCCAUCUGGAGCACCUGGAGCAUCACCUGGCUCUGCCUUACCAGCUACCGGAUCUAAUGGCCCAACUGGAGGACCUGGAUCAUCAACUGGCUCUGCCUUACCAGCUACCGGAUCUAAUGGCCCAUCUGGAGGACCUGCAGCAACAACCGGCUCUGCCGUACCAGCUACCGGAUCAAAUGGCCCAUCUGGAGCACCUGGAGCACCUGGAGCAACAAAUGGCUCUGCCGUACCUGCUACUGGAUCUAAUGGCCCAUCUGGAGCACCUGGAGCAACAACUGGCUCUGCCGUAA